UAGAUUUGAUGCUAUACUCUCUCUCUUUAUAUAUAUAUUUACUCAUAGAGAAGAAGAUCGACGAAAUAUUUACUAAUUAUAAUAUAUAUAUUGUGAAGAUGAUGAAGGAAUGUGGUUCAAGUAGUUCAAGCUCAUCAUCUUCAUCAAUUGGAGAUCAUCUACUGCCGGGGUAUCGCUUUGUGCCCACUGAUUAUGAAUUACUGAUUCACCUCCACUACAAAAUCAACCAUGGCGUCGCCCUAACUCCGCAUAUCAGAGACGUCCGCCUCUACGAUUUCCACCCCCAAGCACUCACAGAGACGUAUCCAGCGGUGGGAGACAACGAAUGGUAUUUCUUCACGCCGAGGAAUCGGAAGCAUCCGAAGGGAUUCCGGCCGGAUCGAGUGGCCGGCGGCGGGUUCUGGAGGGCGACGGCGACGGUUAAAAAAGUGAAGCACGAAGGCAGAGUGAUUGGGCAGAAGCAGACAUUGGUGUAUCACACCGGUAUAAAUAAACAAUCGGAGAAGACUAGUUGGAUGAUGCACGAAUACACAGCUCAUCGUGAUCACCCCACCGCCAUAACUCGUGCAAAUCGCGCCACGCUGGAUGAGUGGGUUUUGUGUCGAGUCUACGAGAAAACCACCAAAGUGAAAGGGAUGGAUCGACAAGAAGAUGUUGUAGAAACUCAAAUUCAUGAUCAACAAUUCGCCAAUUCUAUGAUUCAUGCUUGGGGGCAAAUAAAUCAACAAGAUUUUCCUUCGCAUCCUCUUCUCCCAGCGCAGCAAUUCAACAAUGUUAAUAUUGGGGGCGAUGCUGCUGCUGCUGCUGCACCAAAUAUGCAUGAACAAGAUUUGUUCAGCCUGAUAAAUGGCAGCGAGGCGAUGCAAGGAACACCAAUGUCUCCACAAGAUUAUGUUCAAACAGUUGAUGAUCACAACAUUAGUGAUGUUGAUGUUAAUGCAGGAGCAGGAGUUGAGCAGUUGUGCAAUGGCAACAACGCGGUGGUGCAGAGAAAUCAUGAAGAUGAGAUGAAAAGAGUAUAUGAGGAUGCUAGGUUUUCCUCCCAUCGUCUCUUGAGUUGAUCAUCUUCUUACCCCGUCACAUUUUUCAAUAUCCGAUUUUUUUACUUUGAGUUUCCCAUUUUUUUAUUUUCUUUAGUCAAUAUCUAAUCCAAGAAAUUUGAAUC